AGUGAUUCGUUACCAUAAACGCACUUCCGCUACAUCGCCAAUUCCUUUCCUGUCUGCGGCAUCCGGCAAGAUGACGGUGCAAAUCUCGAAGAAGAGAAAGUUUGUGUCGGAUGGCAUCUUCAAAGCCGAGCUGAAUGAGUUUCUGACCCGAGAGCUGGCCGAGGAUGGGUACUCCGGUGUGGAGGUCCGUGUCACGCCAACAAGAACAGAAAUCAUCAUCCUAGCCACCAGGACCCAAAACGUUCUGGGAGAGAAAGGCCGCCGCAUUCGUGAACUGACUGCCGUCGUUCAGAAACGAUUCGGGUUCCCCGAAGGCAGUGUGGAGCUGUACGCUGAGAAGGUGGCCACCCGGGGUCUCUGCGCCAUCGCUCAGGCAGAGUCUCUGCGCUACAAGCUGCUCGGAGGACUGGCUGUCCGUAGGGCCUGCUACGGUGUCCUGCGCUUCAUCAUGGAGAGCGGGGCCAAGGGUUGUGAGGUGGUCGUCUCUGGUAAACUGAGAGGUCAGAGAGCCAAAUCCAUGAAGUUUGUGGAUGGCCUGAUGAUCCACAGCGGAGACCCUGUAAACUACUACGUCGACACUGCUGUCCGCCACGUACUGCUCCGACAGGGUGUGCUUGGAAUCAAGGUGAAAAUCAUGCUUCCCUGGGAUCCCAGCGGCAAGAUCGGCCCCAAGAAGCCCCUGCCUGACCACGUCAGCAUCGUGGAGCCCAAAGAUGAGGUCCUGCCCACCACCCCAGUGUCCGAACAGAAGGGGGGCACCAAGCCCGAGGCCCCAGUCAUGCCGCAGGGAGCCCCAGUGCCAACCCCAUAAAGGGGUUGACUGAUCAUUGAUGGAAGGCCUAUACUUUUCUGUAUAAAAAAAUAAAAUGAUAAAUGAGGAAA